AGGACUAACAUGUCUCUCCGAAUAACCCCAGUGGACAACACUUACAGACUAAUGUCGUACUCGGAAAAGAGGAUAGCUUUCCAGGCGCGAAUUCGCGGCACGCUCAGCUACGAUGUAGCUCCAGCCAAGGGGUUCAUAAAUUGCGGUGAUAUGGUCAUACUAAAAAUUCGCCAAAAAACGGUUGAUAACAUUAUCGGCAAAUUGAUUGUCGACUGGGUAGAAUCCAAUGACGAGGAAGAUGUGACGUUAGUUCUGCAAAGAAGAACCAGUCGUUGUAACCACAUUAUCUGCCCGUUCAAUUCGGAAAAUGUUCGAAACUAUUUCGUCGAACCAUUCGAUCCUCUCGGAGAAGAGAGACACCCUUGGCUGAUUUUGAAAUCUGGAUAUGAAACUGUCGCAGCAAGAAACGAAGACCUAAUCUGCAACACUGUUGCCAAUAUCGUUGACGAACUUGCCAGGUUCUCACUGUUGCUGCAAAAAGCCCCCCUGUACUGUUGCCUAUCAUGUGCGCUGGAAAAAGAGGUCCUGGAUAAUAUUCAAGACUAUAUAAGGUCAUCUAGAACGAAAAAAAUCCCAGUUCUUUUCCUCGUCGACGAUAGUGAUGGGGAACUCAUCAACUUUUUCAAGAAAAAGUUCUCGCAGGGCAUAUGUCUCUUCGAACUCACUGGACAACAAAUCAUAGAACUCGAUUGGAAACUUUGUUUGAGUAAGUGCUGCUUGGAAUUCAUCAAAAAGCUAUGCGACUGGGAAAGCAGAGAAGAUACAAUAUUUGAAUUUCAGCUUGGCAAAUGA